AUGAGGAAAAACCUCCUGCCACAGGAGAAGGCAGACAGGGAGCAGGAGUGCCCUGUGGCUCUGUGUUCCCAGCUGAACUGCAGGGGGCAUAGGGAUGACUCUAUUAAGUGGCUUCCCAAGUCUCCUAAACUGCACAGUGGCCAUAACUGGAGCUCCCAGGGCUCUCGCUGGGCCUCGUUGAAAGGGAGGGAAGGUUUUCCUGGUGGUAACCUGUACAAAUUCAGCUCUGCCAAUGGGAAAUGGAGAGAGGGAAGGAUCAGUCCCGAGCAAGAAGCAGAGGAACUCGAGGAUCCUGAUGAUGAACCUAUCUCCAAGUUUUCCGGCAGCCUUUUUGAUAGCAAUGAAAGCGUGAGAGAUCAAAGAAAUAGCAGAGCAACGCUCCAAGAAAAGCACAAGUUGGCCAUGAAAGGGAAGGCUCUUCCAGGAUCUAACAGCAGGGUGCAGCCACCCGUGCCAGCAGCAGGCGGCUUCCCCAGCCAGAGCGGCCGCGCUGCCGAGGAGCUGCGCACGCUGGAUGUGCCGCAGGCCCCGCUGAAGGUAACCAUUACUGUGUGCAGUCAAAUGGGGAGCCUUGGUAUUAGCAUUGCUGGUGGAAAGGGCUCAUCUUCAUGUAAAGAAAGUGAUGAGGGGAUCCUGAUUGCACGGCUGCCAAAAGAUGCUCCACCAGACUUGGCUGGUGUACAAGCAGGAGACAGAGUGGCUGAGGCAACCUUUGUUUCAGAGCCUGCUGCCCUUAAUGCUGGUCCUACUGAAGCUUCCCCCAAGGGCAGCCCCUCCCCGACUGUCAACCAUGUCAUAACAAUACCUCGGAUAAUCCUCACACGCCCAUCCACUUCUGAUGAAGAUGCCGACCAGCUGCCCCCAGACCCUGAGGACUUUGAGCCCGAGGAGCCUGACAGCACAGAAGGCCAUGCCUAUUCAGACUGUCUGAGCAGUGCUUUCUAUCCUCCCUAA